GCAUGACCCGACAGCUGUAACCACAGUGGCUGAAAAAAUUAAGCGUGGCUUGCCAAGGGAUUAAAAGGUAAAUUUUCGUGCCGAUUUUCACCCCGAAACGGUGCAACUGGCCGUCCCGUUUGUUGCCCGUACCGUGCCCCGCCCGCCCGUGUACGAUUUGGGCGUGAAAGAUUGCGCCCGGGGUCGGAAAAACCGGUCACAAGUGUGUGCAGUGCAGUACGAGCGGCUUUCCUCCGUCAUCGUGUCACCGUCAUUUUUUCGCUCGUCUGCUGCUGCUCUCCUUGUACCGUGUGCGUGUGUGUGUGUGUGUACGUACGGUGUGUGCGGUGUAUGCGUGUGUGUAGGAGCGAGUGUGUUAAAGUCAGAGCUGCACGCGUUUUCGCUGUGCCGCAGCAAAUUGGGUAUCGAAUCGAACUUUCGGUGCGGAAAAGCGGAAGGACACAGCGCGAAACACGAACGUGUACGAUCCGGUCGCCUCGCACUCACCCCCUCCCAUCCCUCGCUCCCUCAACACCCGGAAGUCGGUGAAAUCGCACAGUUGUGAGGAAUUGGAAACAGGGUGCCGUGAAAAUGAGUAGCUCUGAGGAGGUAUCAUGGAUUUCUUGGUUUUGCGGACUGCGCGGUAAUGAAUUCUUCUGUGAGGUGGACGAGGAUUACAUACAGGACAAAUUUAACCUGACCGGACUCAACGAACAGGUACCGAACUACCGCCAUGCGCUGGAUAUGAUUCUGGACCUCGAGCCCGAGGAUGAAAUUGACGAUAAUCCCAACCAGUCGGAUCUGAUCGAGCAGGCGGCGGAGAUGCUGUACGGUUUGAUACACGCUAGAUACAUUCUCACCAACCGUGGCAUAGCUCAAAUGAUAGAAAAAUAUCAAAGUGGAGACUUUGGGCACUGCCCACGCGUUUACUGUGAAAGUCAACCAAUGCUUCCGCUAGGUCUGUCGGAUGUGCCCGGUGAGGCGAUGGUAAAGUCCUACUGUCCCAAAUGCAUCGACGUUUACACACCAAAGUCCUCUAGACAUCAUCAUACCGAUGGCGCAUACUUCGGAACUGGAUUCCCGCACAUGCUGUUCAUGGUACACCCAGAGUACCGUCCUAAGCGUCCCGCAAAUCAAUUCAUACCACGUCUCUACGGUUUUAAGAUUCACUCCUUAGCGUAUCAAAUCCAACUGCAGGCGGCAGCGAACUUUAAGGCACCGCUUCGAGGGAGCUCGGCGAAGGGCAUCGACAACUGAACCGCAAGCCGCCGAGACUAUAUCGAAAAGAUAGUUUGAGCCAGCCGCCACCCUCUCGAUAUAGGAUCAACCAAGCAACUAAGCAACCAUCCCCUUGCUACUAAUACCACCAUCAUCAUCCAUCCCCUCCCCCUCUUACAUCAAGCGGAAAGCGUGUUCGUGUGUGUGUGUGUGCGUGCGUGCGUGCGAGUGUUAGAGAUGCAAAAGCGGAAGCCAGAUCCCCCAGGGGGGAAGAUACAAUCGCGGAAAAGUGUUUCGUGAACUGUCCUAGCAGAACACGCAUCAUAUUUAGGAUGCUGUAUGCGUCGUUCGGUAGAGUUUUGUUGAUAGUUUUUUUUUUGUAAAAUCACACAUUGAUUUAUUCGCGCAUCCAUCCAUGGAUGGAAUGUAGCUGUGUGUGUGUUGAAUAAUGUUUUUUUCCCUGCCGUGUGAGAAGAAAGUGUUUUUGAAAGGCGUGUCAUGAAAUCAUCACACGUGCUUUAGAAACAAAUAUGAAAACAAACGGAUCCACUAGACGCAGUGCAUCCCCAUCCCCUCUCCUUCUCGCUUUUUCCACACGAUAUCUCGGCGCGAUCGAUAGUGAAAAGUGUGUUCUAGGCAUCUUGUGCGCGUUGCGCUGGGAACAUUCACGAUACAUAGCAGGCGGCGAACACGUGUUAUACGCAUGCACACCACUCACACACACACACACAUAGAGCGGAAAAUCGAGUAACAGCAGCAGCAGAAGCAAAAGUAGUAGCAGAUAGAAAUACGUAGGGAGAGCGCAAAAGAAAAAAAAGAAAAGAACGGAAACAACAAAAAUAAAAUAAUCCACGUAGAAAAA